GCCGAGGCGCCGGAGUGGCGCGCGCGACGACCCGAGGAGGGCGGUUGGGCCUGGCGGGCGCUUGAGGCGAGAAAAAAGGGGCGUCGGCGGCCUGAGGAAAGGCGAGGAAAGGGCGAGGCGGCGGCGGCGGCGGCGGCGGCGGAGGAGGCCUGUCCUUCUCCGUCAAAGAUGGCCAAAUAUGAACCCUGUGAAAGAAAUUAUGACAAUAUGGUAAAGAAGCUAGAGGACCUGAAUAAAGAUCUAGAAAAAUUCCUAGAAGACAUGGAAAAACUAUCAGUACAGGCAACUUGGAUGGCUUAUGAUAUGGUGGUGAUGCGUACUAACCCAGACUUGGCCAGCUCAAUGAGACGUCUUGAAGAUGCCUUUCUCACCUGCAAGGAAGAGAUGGAGAAGAACUGGCAAGAGUUGUUGAAGGAAACUAAAAGCGCUGAACAAAAAUAAUAAGCAACAUUCAAGCACUCCGGGGAAAUGCAGUCUUCGGAAGACUUUGAUCUCAAGAAAUGACUUCUUUGAGUAUUUCUAAAUGUCUUGGAAAAUACAUUUUCAAGAGCUCUGUCCGAUGUGCAUCAAAUUUUCUGUUAGAAUGGGCAAAAUAUAUUGGUUUCUUUAUGUGUGCUUUCAUAUGUACUGAUAACUUUUGUUUUCACAUGCUACUAUC